GCAGAGGCGUGCCGCUCCCUUUCCGCGUCCUCCCCGACGUGUUGCUCCUCUUCCGCCGCGUGGUCGUCACCUUCGUGUUGGCUCAUCGCGAAGCUCGUCGCGCCCCUGCUCUGUUUGCAAACAAACAGAUCUAACAGUCAGUGAAUGAAGCCGCAGUGGCGCCCCCUGGAGCGUGGAAGCUUGACGGGAUCUUACAGAUCUGCCACCUGGGUGUGUCGCCCAUGGCCCCGCCCCCAACCACCGCGGAGGAUUUGACAGAUGCUCUUCAUCCAUCAUCGCAUUAUUGCGCUUGCUGGUCUCUCUCUCUCAAACUCCGCAAUGGCAAAGUUCCUGACCAAAGUCCUGGGAUGUGCGCUUCCUGUGCGGAAGGACAACAAGAGCAUGCCUCAGACACCGCACAGCGCCGGAGGCUACAAAAAAAACUUUUACCAGGCCCAGGAGGAGGCCUAUUCUGGACUCUCCGACCAUGACAACAACCUGGAGUCCGGAUCCUUGGACGCCCUCAUACGGCACCUGCUCCCCACUGUUGACUAUUAUCCGGAUAGGACGUAUAUCUUCACAUUCCUGCUGAGUUUUCGCCUCUUCAUCCACCCGUAUGAGCUCAUGUCCAAAGUGUGCCACCUGUGCGUGGAACAGCAACGACUCGGCGACCCCCAAGCCGAUAAGAUACGACUCCGAAAGAUCGCUCCAAAGAUCCUGCAGCUGUUAACGGAGUGGACGGAAACUUUCCCUUACGACUUCCGGGAUGAGCGGACAAUGCGUGGCUUGAAGGAGCUGACGCAUCGGCUCUCCACUGGAGAUGAGAUUUACAGGAAGGCGACGAGUCAGCUGAGCCAAGGCUUGAUCCGGAGGCUGGCGGUUCUCAGCCAAUACGAGGAAGCGCUGGUCAAGAUCAACGCGGUGGCGGCCGAGCGCCUCGGCAUCCUCAAGGCUAAACCCCAGGCCGCCAUUCACAGGGACAUCAUGUCCAUCUGCAACGACCCCUUCACUCUGGCCCAGCAGCUGACCCACAUAGAACUGGAGAGACUCAGCUACAUUGGCCCCGAGGAGUUUGUCCAGGCAUUCGUCCAGAAAGCUCCGGUGGACAACGGCAAGAGCCUCUUUAGCGAGCACAAGGCGGCGGCCAACCUGGAGGCCUAUGUGGACUGGUUCAACAGGCUCAGCUACCUGGUGGCCACCGAGAUCUGCAGGCCCAUAAAGAAGAAACAGCGAGCCCAGGUGGUGGAAUUCUUCAUCGAUGUCGCACGCGAAUGCUUCAACAUUGGCAACUUCAACUCCCUCAUGGCCAUCAUUUCCGGGAUGAAUAUGAGUCCCGUGUCCCGCCUGAAGAAGACGUGGAGCAAAGUGAAGACAGCCAAGUUUGACAUCCUGGAGCGCCAGAUGGAUCCUUCCGGCAACUUCUACAACUACAGGACUGCGCUGCGCGGCGCCACCCAGAGGUCCAUCACGGCCAACAGCAGCAGGGAGAAGAUUGUCAUCCCGUUCUUCAGCCUGCUCAUCAAGGACAUCUACUUCCUCAACGAAAGCUGCUCCAACCGGCUGCACAACGGACAUAUCAACUUCCAGAAAUGGUGGGAGCUGGCCAAGCAGGUGAGCGAGUUCAUGAGCUGGAAGGCUGUGCAGUGUCCCUUUGACAAGGAGCGCAAGGUUCUGCACUAUCUGCUCACCGCGCCCGUCUACACCGAAGACGCGUUGUGUCUGGCAUCGUACGAGAGCGAAGGUCCCGACAACAACAUGGAUAAAGACAGAUGGAAGUCGCUCAGAUCCACGCUGCUAAAUUGAGCAUAACCAAAAAGAUGCAAGAUGGCGUCUGGAAAUGAAAAAAAAAAAGGAUCCUCUAACGUCUGCGAGGAAACCACCAAAGUUACUUUUUCCACUAGCGUGGAACUAACUAACUGCAUCUUUUUCCAUCUCUUUGUAAGACAUUUCUAGUCUCCUUUUGUAUACUGUGGGAGCAACUAUAUGCUAGCUGCUGGUUGGCUAGCAUGUGCCAUGCCUCUGAGCUAAAACUAAGGUCAGCUGUUAUUUUUUUGUUUUCAUUUUCAAAAUGCGCUGGCUGCAUUUCAAAGACACCUCGGCUGCUAACUUAGAAUAUUAGCGUUACAACAGAGCGGAUAAGCUACACAUUUUAGCAACUUUAUGCUAAUUGUUAUUGUGGCGUUUCCCCUGCUCAUUCAGUUGCUGACAAAACAUUCUUUGUAUAAUUCAGCUUUUAAUUACGUGUCUGCACUGUGUUGCUAUUGACCUUAUUUAUGAUCUCAAUUGUGAGAGAAUUGAUUUUACGUCUUGUAACCUGUGAAGCUUUUACAUUUGUGAUGUUUUUGUUAAUAAAUGAUCUCCAUGUG